GGUUUAUAAAGCUCAGGGGCGGGGCUUGCAUACAGCGGACAACAUCCUGAUGUAAUUUUCUCCAAAAUGGCGGAUCGCAAAGAAGAUGACAUCUUAUCAGAAAAGGAUGAGCCGGAGAGCGAGGAUGAGACCUAUGAGGUGGUGGACCUGACAGAGUACGCCCGGAGGCACCAAUGGUGGAGCAUGGUGUUUGGGAAUAACUCUGGUCCCCUCGCAGAGAAAUACUCUGUGACCACGCAGAUCGCGAUGGGAGGGGUCACUGGCUGGUGUGCAGGAUACUUGUUCCAGAGAGUAGGGAAGAUAGCUGCAACUGCCAUAGGUGGAGGGUUCCUGUUAUUACAGAUAGCGAAUCACAGUGGCUACGUGCAGGUGGACUGGAAGAAAGUGGAGAAGGACGUGAACAAAGCAAAGAAACACCUGAAGAAGAGAACCAAGCAAGCAGCCCCUGAAAUUAACUCCUUCUUCGAGGAGGUAAAGGCCACAGAGUUUGUCAAGAAGAACAUUGUCCUGUCCAGCGGGUUUGUGGGUGGAUUCCUCCUGGGCUUGGCCUCCUAAUGGCGUCGGGGCCAAUUCACGACUGAGGAAGUCGUUACAUAGGAAGAAGGAAGCUGUCAUUACUGUGAACUGAGUCACCACACGGGAUGUUGUCAUUAACUGUGAAUCGUUGUCUUUCUCCCAGCACGGAACUAGUCAUGAAACGGGUUUGGGAGGAGGCUGAACAUGUGAAGCUGCCACUUUAUGCCCCCCUGGCUGCUCUCUUCCGUUACUGCCCAACUGAUCAGAGUCUAGCUUGUCCACCCUCUUUUUAUUCUAUUUAUCUGGUGGUUUCUGAUCCAGGAUCAGUUGUUUGGGCCUGUUGAAUAUGACAUUUUUAUACUUCAUAUUCAUAAUCAGCACUACCCCCAACAUCAAUGUAUGUGAAAAUGUCACGUUUCUAUGUUUUGAAUCAGCUAUGUUAUAUAUAUUUGUUCACCAUCAUAUGGUGUGCAUCAUGUGAUUUGAAUCCAUUAGUGAAGUAUGCCUACUCAUAACUGGUUGAAAUCACGAUGCACACCAGAUGAUGCCAUUAGAAAAACUAAUUUUGACUUCAAAACAUAGAAACAUGGCAUUUUCACAUAUGUUGAUGUUAGGGUAGUUCUGGAGAUGAUGAAUACAAUGUUGAAAAUGUUAGAAAUGUCCCUUUAAGUGCACAACGCAACACCUCUUGAUAUACUACUAAUAUACUGUACCACACACUGGACAUAGGAUUCCUUGGCCCCUGUCUAUCUGGUGCCCUCUUUUACCUGGAAGAACAGGUCUAGGAUCAGGAAUGUGUCCCAAAUGCCCAUAGUGCACUACAUUUGACCAGAGCCCUAUGUAGGAAAUUAGGGUGCCAUUUGGGACACAGGCCAG